AUGGAGAGGCGGGAGGAUGGUGAAGGGCAGGCGCUAGCUCAGAUUGCCGCCGCUCGCGAAGAGUAUGUUUGCAAGAGGGUGAAGGGCAGCAAGCGCAAGAGGUCUGAGAUUGACGAAGAUCUCCCGGUGUCCAGCACCACCAUCUUGUGCACUGGCAUCACCUACAUCUUCUACCGCUACUAUCCCGCAGCAGGAGAGGCACAGCCGCGGCGGCUGGUAAAGUCAAAGGAGUAUGCUCUGAACCUGAUUGGACCCUCCAGCCCGGAGACCAUCAAGCCACAGCUGAAGGCGCUGAUGUGGAAGGGGCUUGAGGAACAGGCAAGAGAGGCGCUGGGCAGCGCAGCGCAGAAGGUGGGGGACGUGGAUGCAGCUGAGGGGGAAGCUUCCACCAAGCGCGUCCAGGCGGACAUCGCCGAGAGGAUAGCGGCUGAGGCAGAAGCAGAGGCGGCCCGGCUCGCGCCGGCGGCCGAGGCGGCGGUGGCGGCCGCGCGCGCAGCCGCAGUGGCGCUGCGGCGGCUGCCUGAUCAACUGGCGAGUGUGAGCGAGGUGGCGAUUCUGGGCCUGCCGGAGGGAAUGCUGGUGAUGCGCGUCGCGGCAGCGCUGAUCGGCGGCCGGCGAUACGCUGUGGCGGCGCUGGCGGCGGGGGGUCCGGAGGGGGGACGAGAGGGGGAUCCCCAGGGCGGGCUCGCCGGCCUAACGAUGCACUGGGGCUGUGUUGCGCGCGAAGGAGACGGCUGGGCACCGCCGCCGCCAGGCUGGCACACCGUUCCCGACAAAUCCUUCUCCGCAGGCAAGGCGUGGCAGACGCCCUUUGGCAUGUACACGCCAGUGGCGGGCGGCAGCAAGGCAGCUUCCUGCGCUGCGCAUGCUGUGGUGCUGCAGCUUCCGUUGGAGGGCGUUCUUUCCGGCGGCGGCCUGGCAGCAGUUCUAAAGAGGCCCGCUGGCAGGCAACCCGAGUGGCUCGUUGGGCCUCACAACCGAGACUUCUUCAUCAGCUUUGCAGAGGCUUGGAAGCUGGUGGAGUCUGGAGGCACAGCAGAGGUCGAACAACAUGCGCCUCAGAAAGCUGCGUACAGCGGUCCGGACAAGGAGCCCAAGGGAGUGUCCGAGAAUGGGGCAGGCCCCUUGGGGAGCCAGGAUGAGGAAGGGGAGCCUGAUUUGGGCAUAGACGGCUGGACUGCCCAGGAUCGCCCCAUCAUGCCCGUGAGCGGCAGCAUGUCUCUCCUGCAGAAGUACACGGCUGCGCUGCAACUUCUGCAGAGCGCCGCCACGGAGACGGAGCCCGAAGCUUCAGAGGAAGCUUCCGUGCAGCUGGAAGCUGCGCGCGGCGCCUUCGAGGAAGCCGGGCAAUUAGUCGUGGACGCUGACCAGGCGCAGGAGGACGCGCAGCUGGCGCGGCAGGAGGCCGACCGACUUUCCAGGGAGGCCGGUGAGGCCGAGGCGCGCGCGCAGGCGGCGGCCGAUGCGGCGACGGCCGCGGUGCGCGGCGCCCGGGCGGCCAGCGCGCGGCUGCGCGGGAAAGAUGACGAGGUGACAUUGGCGGAUCUGCACACGGUGGCGGCCGCGCGGCUGGACGGCUGGGCGGCGUGGGUGACAAGCCGAAACACCAUGGACGACGGCGAUGCCUCUGCCGAUGUAGACGAGGAGCCAGUCAAGCCGGUGGCGGUCGGUUUCCGGCUGGACGGCUGCGCGGGGGCGAUGGCCGCGCAUGUGCGGUACGCACGGGAAGGUGCGCGAAGCUUCGCGCUGGUUUCCCUGGCGGCUGCGGAGGCGUAUCCUUCGGGGGCCCUGGACGGUGCGGUGUUCCAUUGGGGCGUUGUCUCCCGCGAGGGGGGGGAGUGGGUCCCCCCGCCGGAAGGGUGGCAGUCAGACCCCCCGCGCACCACCGAGGCGGGGAACGCGAAUCAGACGGCGUUCGAGCGAGUCAGCGCCCCCGGCUACGAGCGGCGGCCGGACGUGCGCGUUGCGGCGCUGACGCUGCAGCUUCCGCUGGAGGGGAAGCUGCGUCGCGGGGGGGUUGUAGGGGUAAUUAAAACAGCGGACGGCCGGUGGAUCCACGCGCAGCAGCACGGCGCGCAGCCGGACUUUUUCAUCAGCACCCGCGAGGCGCGUCUUAUUCCCCUGUUGCAUCACUCAUACCCCCUGCUGCCUGCUUCUGUGGGCGCCUAUGCAGAGUCUCUGGAGCGGGCGGCACUGGAGUCGCAGGAGGGUGGCGCCAGUCUUGACGCGGCGGAGGCAACGCCGUCUGCGCCGGUCGAGCGGAGGGAUCGCCGCGAGACGUAUGCGCAGCUGCCAGCCGAUCAACUUAUUUCCUACCUUGGCGGCCUGGGCACCUCAGGGGGUGGGUCCCAGGUUGCUGGGUGGAUGGUGGAGGAGAUAAUCUCACAGGAGCCCAAGGCCGAGCGAUCCCUCAUGCACCGCUUCAACAUUGCUCUGGGUUUGGUGGAGACGGGGGUAUUGAGGGGUGAUUAUGACGAUGCGCUGGCUGCGCUGACUGUGUGGCUGCGAUUCUCGGCCGCUCGGCUGCUGACCUGGAACUCCAACUACAACGACCGGCUGACUGGGCGGCUGGCGGGGCUUUACGAGGAGGGCAAGGGGCUGCGAGAUACACUCAGAUUGGCGCUGGUCGCUGUUGGCCGCGGCGGCCAGGGUGAUGUGGGACAGCGAAUCAGGGACGAAAUCCUGACCGUCCAAUCCAACAACGGCGCCAAGGGAGAUAAUGUGUAUGUCCAGGGGGGGAUGAUGGAGGAGUGGCACCAGAAGCUGCACAACAACACCAGCCCCGAUGACGUUAUUAUUUGUCAGGCAUUACUCGCCUACAUCGACGCAGGCCUCGACAUCUCGGCAUACUGGGCCACACUGCAGGCGGCAAACAUCAGCAAGGAGAGGCUGGCAGGCUUUGACCGGCCGAUAGUCAGCGAACCAAAGUUCUCAGAGGCGCAGAGCUCCGGUCUGAAGCGCGACCUGACUGCCUACCUGCAAACCCUCAAGGCAAGACUACUGCGAAUUGCGGUGCACUCGGGCGCGGAUCUGCAGUCGGCGGCUGCAUCGGUGCUGGGAUACAGGCAGCCAUCGCUCAAGGGCAAGGCCAUUCUGGUGGAGCCUGUGCCAAAUGUGGCCACACCCGCCUUCAAAGAAAUCAUCAACGACGUGCUGGCUGCGCAGCAGCUGCAGGCGGGUGGGCAGCUGGAGGGGGAUGUGGAGGGAGUGGCGUGGGCAUUAGAGGCCAUGGUUCUGGCGCGAAGGGACCUGCUGCCAGCCAUCCAAAACGGCAACCAGGGCUGCGGCGGCCGCCUCAGGGACGUGCUCUAUCUUGAUCUGGCAUUGGAAGCGGCGGCGCGAGGCGUGGCCGAGGCCAACAUAGGCGCGGUCAAGGCAGCUGCCGCAGAUACACUCCCUGCUGCGCUGCGCGUGCUGGCCGCGUCCCUGCACAACGCCUGCCUUGCCCUUGGCUCCAACCACGAGCUUGGGGCGAUGGCGGCAGAGGGAACGGCGGCCGCGAUGCGUGGGGCGGCGGCUGCCGAGCGGCUGCGGCGCGCGCUGGCCGGCCUGUCGGUGCGGUACGCGGCGGCGCUGCAGCCGACGGCGGACGCGCUCAGCCGGGGCCUCGGACUUCCGGACGACGCCGUCAACAUCUUCUCGGAGGAGGUGAUUCGGGGCACGGCCGCGGCGCCGUGCGCGCAGCUGCUGUCGGCGUUGGAGCCUGCCCUGAGGGCAGCGGCUGGACUGGGCGCGUGGCAGCUCGUGAGCGCGGGCGCCGGCGGCGCGGCUGCUGGGAAGCUGGUAACCGCCGAGAAGCUGGCCCACGUGCAGCACGCGCGCUACCCGGAAGCUACCGUGCUCCUGGUCGACAGCAUCAGCGGAGAGGAGGACAUUCCAGAGGGCUGCGUGGCGGUCAUAACAUCAGACACGCUGGAUGUCUUGUGUCACGCGGCUGUGCGCGCGCGCAACUCCUCCGUGCUGCUUGCCUCCUGCAGCCAGCCGCCGGCGCUCGCUGAGCUGGCAGGCCUCGCUGGCAGCCACGUCAGCCUCACCAUCUCUCAGGAUGGCUCGGAGGUCAGCUGGGAGGAAACGGCGGGGCCGGCGCAGCCGCCGCAGGAGAUUAGUCAUCCGCAAGGGAACGCCCCUGCAGCCGACAUCAAGCUGCGUACUCGGGCAUGGUGCGGCGAAUGGGCCGUCCCUUCGACGGCGUUCACUGCCGACCUCGUCGGCGCCAAAUCCCUCAACACCGUCAAGCUUCGGGGGCAGCUGCCGGAUUGGGUGAAGCUGCCGGCGAGCGUGGCAAUCCCCUUUGGAGCUUUCGAGGCGGCACUACAGGACGAGAUGAACGCGGACGUGUCUGUGGACUUUGUGAAGCUGGCCGGCUUUGGCGGCGCGGCGCAGGAGGACCUUAGUAAUCUGGAGGCUCUUAGGAACGCCGUCCGACGCCUGCGACCUCCCCAGGGGUUCAAGGAGAAGCUGCAGAACGCCUUUGCAGAGGAAGGCAUCGCGUGGGCUGAGGGGCAGUGGGAGGGAACGUGGGCGGCGGUGAAAUCGGUGUGGGCCUCGAAAUGGAACGAGCGCGCUGUGCUGAGCCUGCGGAGGGCGGGCCUGUCUCACGCGGCGUUGCAGAUGGCCGUCCUCUGCCAGGAAGUGGUGCCGGCUGCGUACGCGUUCGUCGCGCACACCACGCACCCCACGACAGGGAACGCUGAGGAGAUGUACGUGGAGGUGGUGAGGGGCUUGGGGGAGGCCCUCGUCGGCAACUGGCCGGGCGCCGCCCUCAGCUUCACCGCCGCCAAGCCACCGCUGGCCGCUGCGGUGGCGGCUGCGUGGGGAUCCCCGGGGGACCCCGCCGGGGCGGCAGCGGCGCGGGGAGACCUCCCGGUGGCGGAGGACCCCCCGGCGGUGGGGCCCUUGCCGGAGGGCUGCGUCCGGGUGUGCGGGUACCCGAGCAAGUCUGCAGCGCUGCUUCUGGCCGACGAGAGAACGGGUGGCGGCACCGUGACAAUCUUCCGCUCUGAUUCCAACGGAGAGGACCUGGAAGGGUAUGCUGGCGCGGGCCUCUUCGAUUCUGUGCAGUCGGUAGAGCCGCGCGCGGUGCCGGUGGAUUACUCAUCGGAGCCGCUCGUCUCCGACGGCGAUUUUCAGCGCGUCACGCUCGGCCGAAUUGCCGCGGCAGCAGCCGCCGUGGAAGCUUCCGCAGGGUCGCCGCAAGAUAUAGAGGGGGUUAUUACCGCUGAUGGAGUCCUGUACAUUGUGCAGACCCGCCCUCAGGACGACUUCAUCGCAAAGCAGGGAGACUCUGUCGUGCCAACCAUGUUCUACGGUAGCUGGGAGGCGUCAAUGGCGUUCAACUCAUCACAGCUCGAAGCAGCGAUCAAGGAAGGGCGAUUUGAGGAUAUCGCGCCCCAAUUAGAUGCUGAGGAGUUGCAGUCCCCAAACCCUUUAGUGCUCGCACAAGACUGGCCUAUUGCUCUGCAUCUACUCGGACACAUCUACAACGGCAACUUGGAGGAUGCAAGGUUUUUGUGGAAGCGAACACCUGCAGCUGUGAAAGAACAGGAUGCAGAGCUGAAGGCAGCCUUCCAUCUCCUGCAGAUCACGUGGAAUAAGGACUACCAGGCAGGACAUGCCAUCUGGCCCGCACUGGCAGGGCAUGCAUGGAGUCGGCAGGCGGACAAGCUGGUCGCAGCGCUGCACGCAAAGCUGAGGGCGCACAGCCUGCAGCUGCUCUCUCGCUCCUACUCCACAAUAUCCCCUGCCAAAGCUGCUACUCUGCUGGGUGCCUCUGAGGCGGAGCUACCGCCACUGGUGGAGCAGGAGGGAUGGAAGCUGGAUCCUGCCACCAACAUGUUCAAGGUUGAGGAGCGUGUUGUGGAGGAUGCUGACCGUGCAGAUGUGCAGCACUUGGAGCGCCUGUCUCGGUAUAUGGUGCAUCUGGAGACUGGAGCAUAGAUGGCUUUGGCAAUGCUGAUAGGAUGGAUCUGCUGCAAGCUCUGCUGAGGGGACUCGACUUGCUGGGAGCGAAUUAAAUGCCACUGAAUUUGUCCACAACUGACUGUUACUCCGUCUCAGCCGAGUUUGCCUGCAGUGAAAAUUGAUGGCCUUGAGCACGGUCUGGAGAAGUAGCCCUGCAAGACCAUACCUCUGGAUGUGUCUGUGUAACACUUAUCCUGGUACAGUCCUAGAGUACACAAGUGCUAGAGGGUUACAGAAAUCAGAUCUGUUUCCGUCAAGAGUACUGACUACUU